AUGAAGCGGCCGUAUCGUAUCGCCGUAUUUGGUGCCUCAGCUUGUGGAAAGACGGCGUUAAUCCGCCGAUUCGUUUCUGGUGACUACACUGAUAUCUACGACCCUACCAUAGAGGACCGAUAUAAGAAGACGAUGAUAUACCAGGGCAAACCAGUACACUUGGAAAUACUCGAUUCAUCUGGAAAGGUGCGAUUUGUUUUUCUUUUGACUGCCAUUUAUUUGUUAUCUAUGCCUCACUGA